AUACCAACUGCCCUGGAUGAGACCACCAAACCCAGCUCCCUGGCAGAGCUUUAACCCGGAACACAAUGCUGGCAUCUCAACUGUUAAAGCUGUCUGCCACUGUUCUUCCCUGAGAUCACUCUGAUGUCACCAGUGUAAUUUGAGCCGGGAGCUUUUGUUCACACUUUAAAUAGCAGCGCUGGAAUGAGUCUGCCACAGACUCUCUGGAGAGCCCAAGCUGAAUUCCAGAAGAUCCCUACAUCGAUGAAAGGGAAGGGAAGCCAGCAAGCCGUCAUGUCCACGUCCCUGAGAGUCAGCCCGUCCAUCCACGGCUACCACUUCGACACGGCCUCCCGCAAGAAAGCUGUGGGCAACAUCUUUGAGAAUGUAGACCAAGAAUCGCUCCAGAGGCUCUUCAAAAACUCUGGAGACAAGAAAGCUGAAGAGAGGGCCAAGAUCAUCUUCACCAUAGAUCAAGAUUUAGAGGAGAAAACCCGAGCCCUGAUGGCCCUGAAGAGGAGGACGAAGGACAAGCUUUUCCAGUUCCUGAAGCUAAGGAAAUACUCCAUCCAAGUUCACUGAGGACAGCAGGACCGAGGAGGACUUCACCCCAGAAUGCACACUGAAAGACCCAGAGACACUGAGAAGCGGAGAGAGGCAGUGUGCUGUGGCUGCCUUGUAAACUUCCGUCCUGUCAGAACUCCGAGGUGGAAGGGGACAGAACUGACCAGCCACCAUCAGCCCCGUGCUGUCGCAGAGGUGAACAGAACGCUCUCAGCCAUGAUCUGAGAGCUCUGCUGCUGGCCAGGACUGGAGCUGCUGCAGGAGGCUGGCCAGCGGGGCAGGAGACCUGAGCCAGCAGGCACUGCAAGACACGUGUGCGGGGUCGCUCUGGGCCCAGAGACUCAGACUCAAAAGGACUGCUUUUCUCCUUUUCCUUCUCUGUCUGUCCCCUUUACUUCUCCUUUUAUUUUAUUUUUUAUUAUUUUUGUUGUUGUUUUGUUUUCAAAAUGAAACCAGGCAGGCAGAAGAAGAGAGUUAAGUGAGAGACAAUACUAAGCAUAAAUUGUUUACUGAAUUUUUUUACGUGAAUGUAAGCUAUGGUCAAACCUCAAUGUUAUCUAUUGGUAUCAAUUUUUAGAGAUGUUAUGGAUUAUUGAUGUGCACUUAUUACAAUGCCUGAAACAGCAGCACACAAGUGAUCAGUGCAAACAGAAGGGAUGUGGUAUCUUAUGCAGCUUAGUAAACCUAAUACCAGCUCUUGGUUUGUUGUAAAGAAUUUUGUAUGUAUAUAUAUACAUUUCAGACAGUUUGCACAAACCUAAAAUAAUGGGCUUCUUUAUAAAUCUGAAGUACUGUGAAAAAAUUAUGAUUUUUUUAUCUUCCACUAAUGCUAAGAUAUAAUCUAUGUUUCUUAUAGUUACUGUAAUAAGCAUUAGGAAGUGAAUAUGAUAUAGUUUAUAAAGAUGCUAUGGUUUCUAUAAUUUAUUACACAUGACAAGUGAUAUUCAACUCUAUAAUAAAUUAUUAUAAACUUAGAUGUUCUUGGCCUGUGAUGGUUGGUCUCAAAGGAAAAAAUAUGGUGAUGAUAAAUUUUGAAUUUUAUUUACUUUUCUAAAAAGUAGACUCUAAAAAUAAAA